GUGGCUAGUGUAACAUUGGCUAGUGUAACAUUGAGGCAUGCAGAGGCUAUGCAGUCUCUCUUGUGUGACCGAGUUAUGGGGAAAUCCACAGUUAAAGCCUUGGAAUAGAAACAAUGAAAUGCGUGGUUAAUUUAGGUGUUAUAGAAAGAUCAAUUCACCAACACAGCCUUGUCUAGGAAGUCGCAAAGGGUCGACAUGAAGGUGAAACCACAUCUCACUGUGCUAGCACGUUGUUUUGAUUCAGUAAGAUCACGGAGUCAGGUCUCCUCAAAUUUACUUUCCAAGUGGAGCUAUCUAAGGAUCUCAUCGCGAUUCACGCACACAGAUAGCUCUGGAAAAGUCUUUUAUAUAACAACCCCCAUUUUCUAUGUAAAUGCAGCUCCCCACAUUGGCCACCUUUAUUCAGCCGCAAUAGCUGAUUGUUUGCAUAGGUCCAGAGUCUUGCGAGGAUUUAACUCAAGAUUUGCAACUGGCACUGACGAACAUGGUCUGAAGAUUCAACAAGCCGCAGAGUCCGUACAUAAGGAUCCCCUCAGAUUCUGCAAUGAAGUAUCUGAGAGAUUUAAACACCUCUUUGUAAGAAGCAACAUUUCAUGCACUGAUUUCAUCAGAACUACAGAAGAUAGACACCACCGCACAGUUGAGCAUUUCUGGACUGUACUUCAGAAAAAAGGGUUCCUCUACAAAGGGACUUACGAAGGCUGGUACUCCACACAGGAUGAAAGCUUUCUCACACCAACUCAGGUCACCGAAGCCACCGAUGUCAAUGGCAAUGAAAUAAAGAUUUCCAUUGAGAGUGGUCACAAGGUGGAGUGGAUGAAAGAGGAAAACUACAUGUUCCGACUCUCGGAGUUCCGUUCUCCUCUACAGCAGUGGCUGAAGGAGAAUCCAAGUGCAGUGCAGCCAGAGAAGUUUCGCCACAUGGCCCUCCAGUGGCUCGACGACGACCUGCCAGACUUGUCUGUCUCCCGACAGAAAAGCCGACUUCAGUGGGGAAUUGCUGUCCCCGGCGACCCAGAGCAAACGAUCUACGUGUGGUUAGAUGCCUUGGUGAACUACCUCACAGUAGUUGGCUACCCGGAGAGCCACAGUUUGUGGUGGAGUGCUGCCCACCAUAUUGUUGGAAAGGACAUCCUCAAAUUCCAUGCUAUAUACUGGCCAGCAUUUCUUAUGGCAGCGGGAUUGCCACUUCCACAAGUGGUAAAUGUGCACUCUCACUGGACUGUACAGGGUAAGAAGAUGUCAAAGAGCCUGGGUAAUGUGGUGGACCCUUUUGACACAUCAGAGAGAUACACCGUGGAUGGCCUGAGAUAUUUCCUUCUUAGACAAGGGGUACCAGAGCAUGACUGUGACUAUGAUGAUACCAAACUGGUAAAGCUGCUGAACAGCGAGCUAGCAGAUGCUCUUGGAGGACUGCUGAACCGAUGCACAGCUCCUACACUGAAUCCUGCCCAAGUGUAUCCCUAUUUCUGCUCCAGCUCCUUCCCCAAGGGCUGCACCAAAGAACCCAAAGGAAGGGCCAAGCCAGAAGAUUACAAAAUGGUCGAGUCAGUCACUGAACUUCCAACAGUGGUGCAGGAACACUUCGAGAGCCUGCACAUCUACAAGGCUCUUGAGGCCAUCAGUGCAUGUGUGCGGCAGACAAAUGGCUUCGUCCAGAGGCACGCACCAUGGAAGCUUGAUUGCACUGAAGCCUGUGACAAACAGUGGCAUGACACCAUCCUCCAUGUGUCCAUGGAAUGUCUGAGGGUUUAUGGGACUCUCCUUCAGCCUGUGGUGCCAGGACUGGCCGAUAAGCUGCUCUGCAGGCUUGGGGUGAGGCCGGAGGAGCGCACCUGGGAGGCAGUCCACUUCCUGGAGAAGUACCGCGGGAGGAAGUGUCCUUUUGAAGGGCGUACGCUGGGCCCUGACAGGGGGGUACUUUUCACCCGCCUUGAAAGAGACAUGGGGAAAGAGAAGCCCAAAAAGAGCAAGAAAAAUAAACUUAACUCUCAAUAAAUGAUUACCUCAUGCUGCUUCUUGUUGCUGCUACCAAUAGUUUGUUAAAUGCAGAUUUGUCUCAUUUUUAAGGCUUGUGUUGCGGUUUCACACAAUAACAAGCAAAUUUCACUCUGAUCCU